CGCGUCCAAUCUUCCUUCCGUUAUAGUUUUACUGAACGUCAAGCGCGAUGCUGUCUGUUCUGGCUGUGUUGUUUUCCGUGGUUUUUUUAACUAAUGGGGCCCAAUUGAAGCCCAGGUUUGAAUAUAAGUACAGUUUCAAGGGCCCUCAUCUCGUGCAGAGCAACAAAAGCAUUCCUUUUUGGGAUUACGGCGGGGAUGCUAUUGCUGGUGAUGACAAUAUCCGAUUAGCCCCGUCAAUCAGGAGCAAACGAGGAUGGGUGUGGACCAAUCAAAAGACCAACUUCAACCAGUGGUCCAUCGAGUGUGUGUUCAAGGUCACGGGUAGAGGCAGAGUUGGCGCCGAUGGACUGGCAAUCUGGUUCACAGAGGACAAGGGACAGGAGGGACCAGUUUUUGGGAACCAGGACAUGUGGAGAGGGCUCGGCGUGUUCAUGGACUCGUUUGAUAAUGACGGACAGCACAACAACCCUUAUAUCAUGGCCAUGGUCAACGACGGAACUCAACAGUACGACCACCAGAGCGACGGCUCCCAGCAACAGUUGGGCGGGUGUCUCCGGGACUUCAGAAACAAACCGUACCCAGUCAGGGUCAAGGUCGAAUACUACAGCAAAAUCCUCACGGUGUUUGUGAACAACGGUCUGACCAACAAUAAAGACGACUUUGAGCUGUGUCUGAGGCAGGAGAAUGUCAAUCUACCAGAAAGUGCUUACUUCGGGGUCACCGCCGCCACUGGGGGUCUUGCCGAUGACCAUGACGUUCUGGCUUUCCUCACUCACUCUCUACACAACAAGGAAGACCAGCCAGCCAAUCAGGUACCAGAACAGGACAGACAGAAGUACGAGAAAGAAUUUGAUGAGUAUUAUAAGGAACUAGAGACAGCCAGAGAAAACUUCCAGAAACAACAUCCCGGUAAACAACCUGGAGAAUUUGAUUCCAUGUUCGAGGCCCAGGAGGACCGCGAGUUGCGGAUGAUUUUUGACGGACAGAAUGAGAUGCACAACACUCUAAAGGAACUCAACAGGAAGUUAGACGAGCUGAUGGGAAGACAGGAAAUGGUGCUCUCCCGCGUUAGUCAGCUGACCGGCGGAAACGUGCAGGUUGCUCAGGGUGGAGCAGCCCCUCCCCUGACCAUGGAUACGAUCAAGAGACACGAGGUCGAUCAAGUGAUGAACAACCAGAUGCAGAUAAUGAACGACGCCAGGGACAUCAAACAGGUGGUCUAUGACGUCCAGCAGAGGGCCGGCCAGAUCCAAGGCAGCAUGAGUACGGGGGGCGGGGCCCAGGUGGGCGGGGGAAUCCCCCAGGACAUCCAGAGCAUCAUCUACAAGCUUCAGGAGAACAUGAACUUUGUGAGGUCGGACCUCGCCAACGUCGCAAACCGACCGCAGGGUCAGAUGAACUGUCCAGAGGUACAGAGUAGCUGUGUGUCUCCCAUGCUGUUCUUCCUCGCCAUUGGUCUACAACUAUUCUUCAUCGUAGGAUACAUGGUGUAUAGAUCAAACAAAGAGGCUCAGGCAAAGAAAUUUUAUUAGGGUUUACAAGAAUUUACAGAAUGUUAAGUUUUUAGGAAUUUUAUGGUGCAUUUAAUGUAAGAUUGAGUACGAUGUAUCAGUGAGAGAGAAUGAGUCGUGUAAGAGUUACCUGUCUUGCAAAUGGUGAUCAGAUUUAUGAAUGGAGCAACAAUUUUUUUAAAAAAUCUUUGUAAACAUGUUGGAGAUUUUUGUUUUCAAACAUCUUUUAUUGUAUAUUUUGGUUUUAUAUAUAUAUAAAAAAAGGUGUGAAGAAAUGAGACAAAUUUUCCCAAAAUUUGAAUUAUUUUCACUGUUAAUCUAUUUUAAAAUGAAAAAAAAAACAAAGUGAAUUGAUUGUUGAAAAAUUUAUUCAAACUGUAUAUAUCUGCAGCAAACUGCCAAAAUGAUAAAAAAAAAAAAGGAAAUGAAUAAUUAGCAAAGGAGUCGUAUGAAGUAGUAGCAAAUGCAUUUUUGAUUUAAACGAUCUGAUAUUUUUUUAAUCAUAGCAUUUUAAUCUCAGUUCAGACCUCCAUGUAAGUUAUCAGUCGACUAAUCGUGUAAAUAUAAAGCAUAUUUAUUGUUAUUAUGUGAAGAAAAAUAUUCCAGACAAGAAUUAUUAUUUACAUUUUGACUGUGCAAUUUUUAUCAGAAGAUGAUUUAGAGGCAAUUACUUUGUGCUGUGUUUACUGUUGACUGUUCUUGCAUCAGAUUUACACAGAGUUUUAACUUCUUUAUAAUUGUUGAUCAUGAGCACUUUUUUUUUUGCAUUGAAUUUUUAAAUAGAAGCCUUGCUGUGUGAUGCUACAUGUGAAGAGGUUUACCUUGAAUAUCAAAAGCUUUCAAAGAAUCAGAGCGUCUUUAUUAGAAACAGUGGUCUCAUUAGUAUGAUUAUUAUAAUUAAUAAUAUGUUCUCCAGUUAAACUAUCAUACUUUUAUUACGGUUUUGGUAAUAAUUGCCAAAAUGACAACAGAAAGCUCUGAGUAGUUAACAAAUUAUGAAAUUAAUUGAUACCCAUUCAUUUAAUAUAAUAUAUAACUGAUAAAUGAUGUGUGCAAGAGAACCAUAGGUUUACUUGUAAUGUACAUAUAUAUAAUGUGUACAUGUGAUUAUGAUCUGAAACCUUAGGGUUUACUAAUUACAUUCCUCUAUAUUGUACUGUAAAAUGAAAACUUCAUGUAUUUAUAACAUGUAGUUACUGUAAAUUUCUUAUAUAACGGGAGUACUUAUUUCCGCGAUCCCGCUGUUUUGAAUCAAAUCACGAAAAUACAAUAUUGUGAACACAGAUCAUUUGUCCAUAUUUCUUAUAGUUCUCAACCCUCAGAAAAUAAUGGCAAAGUUUAAAAGUGCACGAUUUUACGCGGAUAUAAAUUCCUCGCAUUCAAUAAGUGAUUUACAGUAACUAAACAUAUGUUCUGGUAUAUGUCACUUGUAUAAACUAAUAGGUACCUCUACUGUUGUACAAAUACAAAGUACUUAAGCUUCUGUUACAAGAAAACUACAUCAAAUAUGUUUAAUAAAGCGCUACCUGUAUAAUCCGAAACCUCUAUAAUUCCAAAAUUGAUUCAUCUUGCUUAAUGCCACAUACUUCAAACCUUACAUGUAUAACAAGCUGUAGGGUUACUGCUUAUUUGAAACUCUCCAGAAAUGCAUUUAUUAUUCCAUGGUAUGUUUUCACCACACACCUUAUUGUCCAUCAUCUUUUAGUUUGGACAAGCUUUUGUGUGUAUGGAAGAAUUCAAUGUCUAAACUUUGUAUGACGUCUUUUUAAUGUGUUUAUCAUGAUUCAUAUAUUGUAUGCAAUGCAUUUUCAUAAGGAAAAAAGAAAUUUUAUCAAUGUUGUCAGUUUUGUCAAAAUUUUGAUUUUUUAAUGAUUAUUUUUCCCAUUAAUUUUUAUGUUUUUUCUUUAUAAGGAACGUUAGAUCCAUAUUGAUUGGCAUUGAAGUUAGCUUUGUACUAUUAAUUAAAUUUAGAUAAGAAAAAUCCAAGGAAUAUACUAUUACAUUUAUUCAAAUGUAGCAAAUGACUCAAGAUAGCAUAUUUAUUAGGUAGAACCUGUAGAAAUGAUAUAUUUAUUGUAAUAAUUAGAUCUUUAUUUAAUUUAUUGAUCAAGUAAAAUUGUUAUAAUGCACGUGAUGAGAUUAUUGUGCUUUUUUGAUUGCAACAUCCCACCUACCUAUCGCGUAUAUUACACUGGAAACAAUUUCGAAGAAAAAAUGAUUGUGAAUUCUAAUAUUUGGGAGGAUUUUUAUUUUGCUAUUCUCCUGAUAUUUUGGUGGAAUUUUGUUUUGCUAUUUUCCCCUUAGAUAUCCUGCACUAGAUAUUUUGUUAUCAUGGGUCUUUAUCAUCUAGUCAGUGCCUGUAUGGGGAGCCAGGCGGUGUUUAUAAGGCCCCAUGUGUCUAAAUCUCCAGCACUUUGUCUAAGAUCUUCCAUGUAUUCAUUUUAAUUUUUUUAUUGCAUAUUUUUCCAAUGUUCGACUUCCACCAAUUUUUUUUUCUCAUUAUAUGCAGCAUGUUAUACAUAACGUUUGUCUAGUACUAAAAUUGUAUCAAAUUUUUAAACAAGGUCAUGUGACAUCUCUUGACCAAAUUUACAAUACCACUUUAAACAGAGUCAUUUUGUUGCCACAGAGGAAGACAUUUUAUUGAGUAUUGUAUAUCAAAUCAACUCUGAUGUCAAGUUCAUUAGAGAGCGCAUGCGUAACAAGAUCAUGUUUAACCCCUCCCUCUUCCUUUAUUGAAUGUACCCCCACCCUCCUCCCUAGUCAUUUUAAAGUGUGUUUGGCAUAUAUGUGUGUUAUUCAGACGUGUGUAAAUGUGCGUGUGUUUGUGUGUGAUAAUAAUGGAUGUAGUUUGUGAAAAAUUAGCAUGUUCAGCAAAAGUCAUGUCCGCCAUAUUGUGUCUGUCUUCAUCCAUGUUUGGUAAAUGGUUUAUAUUUAUUAAUAAAAGACAAUAAAAAAAGAC